UUGCUGCACCGACGGCGCCGGUCUUGAUUCCCCUGCGCCACUCCAAGCGUGGAAUGUCCUUCACGGUGCUGGACUCCCGGUGGAUCGUCGGCGUCGGCGGAAACUACCGUUGUCACUUCACUAUCUACGACCUAUCCACCUCCACCGAGUCGGGGGGCCCUUGGCUCUACCAGAACAAGGUGAACCCCAUCCUCAUUCCGCACCGCAACAUGCUCUACAUCCUCUCCAGCCGCCCCAAGAUCGAUCAUGGUGCCGAUUUCCUGCCCUGGUUCGAGGGGAUCAUCUUCAGGGACGGCCGCGCUCCUGAGAUGGGCUGUUUUCCCUCCCGUAAGCUCCCGCCGCCCCCCAUCUUCCCCUACUGCAUCUACCCGCUCGAGUACCUCAACCCGCCGGACGUGCGCGUCGCCGCAUACGCCGUCGUCGACUCCCACAUCCUGCUCUCCGUCUACUAUAAGCGGCACCACGAGGAGCAGGAGGACGACAAGGGGACCUGCGCCUUCGACAUGGACAAACGAGUGUGGGAUAUGGUGGAUGACAAGAGCUUGCCUUUCCUUGGCCAGGCCAUACCCCUCACCGGCCAUAACAACCUCUUCGUCGCCCGCUCCAAAGACAAUGCCGGCGCUGCUGCACUAUACACCAUGGCUCUAUUCCCGGCAAAGGAUACAUCCACUGGCAAGAAAGAGCUGUCCAUUGUUAAGUUGAAGCUGCUGGACCACCCUCCCAUUGUUCUAGGGCAGCAUCAUCUUUGCGCCCCAGGGAUGGACGGUUUCUCUUCCUUUCAUGUUCCAUCUCGUUAUCGCAGUCCAGACGAUGCUAUCUUGGAGAAAGCACGCGUUAUCCACAACACAUACUCUUUGGUCAAGGGGGGUGAUAUUGAUCUUCAAUUGGUCAAGAGGCAGGCUUUUAAACUGCGUGAUCCAUCUUCCUUUUUCGCUCGCCCUGCACCCGUGGUUGCUGCUUUUACAAUGGAUUCAGAAUGAUGCUAUGCUGCAUGGCGCCGGGAAGGAUCUUGCAUUCGUGACCACUUCUCCACAUCUUGGACUAGCUUAAAGCAGCCCUUCGUGUCCUAUCUUGUAUCAUUUUAUCUUAUUAGCUCUUGGUGGUGGCAGCGUGUGGACUGGAAAUGGUACCUAUGGUUUGUGGUGUAAGUCAAAGUAUAUAUGGUUUAGGUUGUAUAAUUAGCUACAUAUUGGUUAAAUUAUGUAUGGUUAUGGUGUAGUAAGUACUAUCUAGUUUGUGAGCAAUGCAUUUUGACUUUUUAUGAGAA